AUGACCAUAAAUCCUCAGCAGUAUCACUGGUAUCUAUUUGAUCCCACUCAUCACCAUACCAUCUCUGAUAUUCUCCGUAUCUCCAAUGACCGGGUGCAUCGGACCGCUGCUCCCGACGCUCCGACCGUCGGGCCGACACGUGACCUCAUCCAGUCCACCCGCACCGAUGGCUGGGAGCAUCAAGCACGAAUGACUGGGCCCAGCAAGCGGAGAACCAGUCGGAUCAGCUCUUGA